AUGGAGGAUAAUAAAGAUUUAAACUUAGCCUCGGAUGCGUCAGAAAGUCGGGCUGUAUCUGACGCUCGUAUCCAGCCCAACGUUGACGACUUAAGCAAUAAAACUGGUUCUGAACAAUAUCCUGCUUCCGGUGCUUUAGUGAAUAAACCAAUCACUACCACUAAAGCGGGACUUCCACGGCAGCGCAUGAAAUGGACUACUGAUUUAAAUAAAAGUGUCAUGCGCUGCUAUUUCAUAGCUACAAAUCUAGAAAGCGAUAUGACACUCUACAGGGCUAAAAUGUACAACACAUUUGUUAAUGAAAAUCCACAUCUGCAAAUUACGGAACAACGGUUGGCAGAUCAGAGAAGAACCAUUAUACAUAAAAAACUUUUAUCGGACGUAAUAAUUAAUGAACUGAAGGAGCAGGUGAGUGAGCAACUAGAAGCUCAAAAUAGCACAGUGGGUGUGGUGAUGGGACGGUGCAAUAAUGAAGAGCAGCAGCACGCCUCAAUUAAUACAGAGUUACAAAGAAUAAUAGCGGAACAUACUUGUGAAGAGAAUCGAAGGGCAAUUCAAGAGCCCCGCGAAAGCGAAAAUGAUCAAACCAGCGAAAAUGUUGAAUUAGAAGGCAAACUGCAGGAAACCUUUAUUAAAUUUCGAGGAAGCGACCCAAUACGAAGAUUAAUAAUACCAAAACAAAGUACUUCAAAAAAACUUGCCAGUAUUGUAUCGAGAGUAAACAGCCUAUUACCAAGAUUUUUAAUGUCUAUAUACAGCUUUGAAGACUUCCAUUGCUUAAUUUAUUGUGCCGCAUUAGUUUGUGCAAUUGAAAAUGGUGCAAAAAUUGAGAAAAGUAAACAAAGACAAACAGAUUCAAAAUGCAUGAAAAUCCCUCUAUGGCAAAAAAGACUGGAAAAUAAGAUUCAGAACCUGAGAAUGAAUGCUAACCAAUUAACACAGUAUAGUCGCGGGCAAAGAUCAAAAAAACUAAAUAAUAAGGUUGAAGCCCUAUUAAAGAAUAACAAAGUACAUUCUAAGCAUGAGGAAAACAACAACACGGUACAAGAAUGUUUAGAUACGUUAAAACAAAAACUAUCAGCAGCCUCAAAAAGACUGAUACGGUACAAGGUUUCCAACCAAAGGCGUCAAGAAAAUCGACAGUUCCAACUUAGGGAGGGCCAGUUUUAUAGAGCACCAAAAAAUGAAAUAGUUCCUUCUUCGAGACUGCCAGAAAGAGAUUGUAUCAAAAAACAUUGGGAAGAAAUAUGGUGUAAAGAAGUUCAACAUGAUGAUGAAAAUAGCUGGAUCGAUACUGAAAAUCAAAGAGCGUGUAAGAUAGAGCCAAUGCAGUACAACCAAAUAUCAUUAACUCAAUUAGUGGCAACAAUAAAUAAAACACACAAUUGGAAAGCACCAGGUAACGAUUACAUCCACAAUUAUUGGCUAAAGAAAUUUACGAGCACACAUAAAGACCUUACAAAAUAUUUAAACGGUUUUAUCGUAGAACCACACACAAUGCCCCAGUUUCUUUGCAAUGGAAUAACUUAUUUAUUGCCAAAGAACAACGUCACUCAAAAUCCUGCUAAUUACAGACCUAUCACGUGUCUUCCUACGAUCUACAAGAUUUUGACGGCAUAUAUUGCGGAUAUGAUUUACAGGCAUUGUGAAAUUAAUAACAUUCUAGCAGAACAACAAAGAGGCUAUCUCAGCACUUUUGUCUUAUUAAAGUUUAUGUUCAGUCCUACCUUUGUAGCUGAUAGGUGUAAUUCAUUAAACAUUUUAUCCAGUUCUGUGAUGUUGCUACCUAUUAGAAUUAUAUCAUCUGCAAAUCUGAGGUGGUCUAGUCUGAUACCAUCUACGUUAAUGCCCUUGGUGUACCAUUCCAGUAGUGAUGAUGCUUUGGAACAGGAUCUGUUAUUUUCGAAACAAGUUUGUUUUGGAACUGGCUUGGAACAGGUUCACGUGCCAUCCUCUAACAGUCCCAGUUUCAAGUGUUCCAGCUGUUUCAAAACACUGCGAUACAAAUUAGCAUAG